AUCUAAAAACAAAUCAAACUUUGCAGAGGUGAGCAGAUUUCUCCACAAAUAAGAGAAAACAUAGAAGAAACCUGUGUACAGUGGGUGCCAAAAUGCAUCGGAAUAUAUAUUUUAAAGGAUAAUUCUAAGUAUAAUAUAAUUGAUCACUAUGGCUACGACUGCAAUGUUUGUAGAUCCUGAUGCCAAUUUGACUGACACACAAAAAUGUAUGAAAACCAGAGAAUGGUGGGUUUUCCUUGGCUCAAGUCUCAUAACUUUUGCCGCAUGGGUAAUUGUUGUUUUGAUUUGGCGUGUCAUUGCUUAUCUAUGCUGUCAAAAGAAAUCAAAAAAAGUCAUCAAGCAAGGAAGCCCUCAAAAGGGUGCUUUCUUGAAAACUGCCGAUCCAGAAAUAGGAUGGAUGACGGAAGCAAAAGAUUGGGCUGGAGAGUUGAUAUCUGGACAAACAACAACAGGAAGAAUAUUGGUUGUGUUUGUAUUUUUCCUGAGCAUUGCCUCGCUGAUCAUAUACUUCAUCGAUGCAUCACAGUGGCCCCCUGAGGCCCAGAUAGAGACAUGUGUAGAAUGGGAUAAGAGCAUCACUCAACAAGUAGAUUUAGCAUUCAACAUAUUCUUCAUGAUAUAUUUCUUCAUACGGUUUGUAGCAGCUGCAGACAAAUUCUGGUUUCUACUGGAGCUUUUCUCAUUUGUUGAUUACUUCACAAUUCCUCCUUCAUUUGUGGCCAUCUAUCUCAAUAGGAACUGGUUAGGUCUAAGAUUCACAAGGGUGUUGAGGCUUCUCUCCAUACCUGAUGUAUUGCAGUACCUGAAUAUACUGCGGACAAGUAACUACAUACGUCUUACUCAGCUACUUGCAAACUUCAUGUGCCUCUGGCUGACCGCAGCUGGCUUUAUACAUCUGGUUGAAAAUUCGGGAGAUCCAUGGCGAAAUUUCGACAACCCGCAAGCCAUAACAUUCUGGGACUGUUGUUAUUUUGGCCUGGUUACCAUGUCAACCGUGGGCUAUGGAGAUAUCUCAACAAAAACAGUCCUCGGCAAACUAUUCAUGUGUUUCUUCAUUGUAGGAGGUUUGGCUAUGUUUGCCAGCUCGAUUCCAGAAAUCUUGGAGAUUCUAGGAAAUCGGCAAAAAUAUGGUGGAUCGUACAAAAAGGAGACAGGCAAGAGACACAUUGUGGUUUGUGGGCAUAUUACAUACGACUCUGUCUCAAACUUCCUCAGCGAUUUCCUACACAAAGACCGGGAAGACGUAGAUGUGGAAAUAAUUUUCAUGCAUAAAUUUCUCCCAGAUCUUGCGCUUGAGGGCUUGUUCAAACGCCACUUUACCCAAGUCUCAUUUUUCCAAGGGACCGUAAUGGACUCAAAUGACCUAGAAAGAGUUUGUAUCAAAGAAGCUGAUGCUUGUUUAGUUCUUGCCGACAAGUAUUGUGAAGAUCCUGACGCUGAGGAUGCUGCUAACAUCAUGCGUGUUAUCUCCAUCAAAAACUUUCAGUCUGAUAUCAAAGUUAUCAUUCAGCUACUGCAGUAUCAAAAUAAGGCAUAUUUAUUGAACAUCCCAGGUUGGGACUGGAAGCGGGGAGAUGAUGCUGUUUGUGUUGCGGAGUUGAAGCUUGGGUUCAUUGCCCAGAGUUGUCUAGCCCCAGGCUUUUCUACUCUCAUGGCAAACCUGUUCACCAUGAGGUCUUUCAAAGUAGAAGACAUUAAGGCUACGGAUAGUCAGUCUCCAGAUACCCCUCAAUGGCAGAAUGAUUACAUGCGUGGCACAGGCAUGGAGAUGUACACAGAGUACCUCUCACAGGCAUUCGUAAGCAUGACAUUCCCACAGGCAGCAGAGCUGUGUUUCAUCAAACUUAAGUUGUUACUUAUUGCCAUAGAGGCCAGAAGUGAAGAUGGCAAUGAAAGUUGCAUUGCCAUUAACCCAGGGAACAACAUCAAGAUAGAGUCCAAUACACAGGGCUUCUUUAUUGCUCAAUCUGCAGAAGAGGUUAAAAGAGCCUGUUACUAUUGUAAAGCUUGUCAUGAAGAUGUAACGGAUGUUCGAGCAAUCAAAAAAUGUCGCUGUCGAACAUUGAAACUGUUCAAGAAGGGAGCCACGGCAGUGUUAGCAUUUAACCAGCAACGAGGCAAAGGUUUCAAUGUACCAGUUACCAGUGUUGACAGCCAAAUCACCACGUCAGAAGCUUUGGUCAAUAUGCCUAUGGCCAAGCUGGGGAAACAGGGAAAGAAGGCACCUACAGAUGGCAAAAUAGGUGUAGGAGUGUCCCCAGAGACACUCAAGAAAAACAGACUAGGAUCUGCUAUAGCAAACAUGACAAAGAGCCAACAAUUAACUGUAGAGAAGCCUAGCAUGAAGAAGGAAAGUUCCAUGGAUAUCGCAGACAAUGAGAAAAGAUUUGACUCCACUGGGAUGUUCCAUUGGUGCCCUGAAAAAAAGCUUACAGAAGUUAUUAUGGAUCGUGACCAAGCCACUAGCUUCAUGCUGAGCAACCAUGUUGUCGUGUGUCUGUUCGCUGAUGCCAACUCACCUCUGAUUGGCCUACGCAACCUGGUCAUGCCGCUACGGGCUAGCAACUUUCAUUACCACGAGUUAAAACAUGUCGUCAUUGUCGGCAAUGUUGACUACAUUCGCAAAGAGUGGAAAACUUUAUGUAAUUUUCCAAAAUUGAUCAUAUUAAAUGGGUCUCCAUUGAAUAGAGCCAACCUUCGUGCCAUGAAUAUAAACCUAUGUGACAUGUGCACGAUACUCUCUGCACGCAAACCAGCGAUAGAUGAUCCAACGCUGGUUGAUAAGGAAGCCAUCUUAUGCUCCCUGAACAUCAAAGCAAUGACGUUUGAUGACACUAUAGGCUUGCUCAAUGACUUUGCCAACAGUGAAGAACCAGGGGCAGGGUUUAUGCCUCUUGGGUUCUCUCCUAUGGGUACACCAGUAAAAGGGACAAGGAGGGGGUCAUCAUAUGGAGCUAAUGUACCAAUGAUCACAGAACUAGCCAAUGACACCAAUGUCCAGUUUCUGGAUCAAGAUGAUGACGAUGAUCCAGAUACAGAGCUUUACAUGACGCAACCGUUUGCUUGUGGUACAGCCUUUGCUGUCAGUGUGCUAGACUCUCUCAUGAGUACAACAUACUUCAACGACAAUGCUUUGACGCUAAUCCGAACGCUCAUCACUGGGGGAGCCACACCAGAGCUGGAGCAGAUCCUGGCAGAGGGGGUUGGGAUGCGAGGGGGUUAUAGCACCCCAGAGACUAUAGCUAAUAGGGAUAGAUGCAGGGUUGGACAGAUCUCACUGUUCGAUGGCCCACUUGCUCAAUAUGGAGAAUCAGGGAAAUAUGGCGAUUUGUUUGUGGCAGCUCUCAAGAAUUUCAACAUUCUAUGUAUAGGUCUCUAUAGGUUCAGAGACACCAAUGCCUCCGUGAGGUGUCCAUCGUCAAAACGUUAUGUCAUCACCAAUCCACCGGAUGACUUUCCUCUCUUACCCACUGAUAUGAUAUUCUGUCUUCAGCCAUUUAACUGUAAACUUAAUGGUGCAAGAAAAAGACGGAAGAAACGAUCAAAGGCCAGUAAUGAGCAGGAGGUGAACGAGAGCCAAUCAUGAUGCAGCAUCUAUGGGGAAUGCAAAAAUUAGCCAGUUUGAAGAUCUAACAACUCAAAUGGUGGCUUCAGUGGUCCACACUGGUUGUGGCAUAGAAAUAAUUACUUAAUCUAGUCUGUAACCGAGUCAUAUGUUUCACCAUAAAAGUUAUUAUUCCUUAAAUCUGGAUCAUAUAUGAAGCUACCCCUUGAGCAUAAUAUUGCCAGGAAAUAAUAAUCUUGAGACAGAGUGAACAUAAAGUACAAUAGCUUGUACUAUUAUAUCAUGUGAAGCAAGGAUCUAUGAGGCCCAUGUAUGCUGUAUGGUGUCAGUUCAGAAACAAGACUCUGUAUGAUGUCACUUCAGAAAGAGACUUCUGUAUGAUGUCACUUCAGAGGAAAGACUGUCUUUGUAUGAUGUCACUUCAGAAACAA